GGUGCAAACACCUUUUGUUUGUGUCUAAAUAAAAUGAGAUGUUUAAAAUGUCUUUUACAGCCUGGUGUGUUCACAGACUAAUUAUAUUUUAAAUAUAAACUCUGUAGAGCCGGUGGACGGAGGCAGAUGGGGGUGAUCUGUCUGGGCAGUGAAAGCAUCAUCGUCUCUCUCUCCGGUGGACAGCCCCUCUCUCUCCUGGAGGUCGCAGAGAAGAAAGCUCCUCAUCUCUUCACCAGCCUCCAUGUAGCUCCGAGCAGCGGCGUGUUUUGUUAAUGAUUAAACACAAGGAAAUAUGACUGAAAGCGUCUGGGCGCGCCGUGUUUCUUCAGAGGAAAAGCUCGCGCUCUGCCGGAGGUCGUUUUUGCCUUUUGUAUUUCCUUGAUAACAAUUCUCGUGGACAUUUUGGAUUUUUGUUUAAAAAAAAAAAACGUUACGUGUCAUCACUAUCUGGACCACCUUGCUGUGAUGUUUGUCUGCAGUUAGUUUGUCCGAGUCACCUCAGGGAGCUGACACUGAAAGCAGCCGGGGAGCACGGGGAGGGAACUCGCUCGAGGAGAAACGCUCGCGCUGGGCCAGCUUCGAGUUGCUCUGUAAGUGGGCAGCGUUAGCCACAGGCUAACCUUUUAGCCAAACACAAAACUAAUUAAAACCACAGAAGCUGGCUAAUGCCCACUUCUUGAAAACAUUUGUCGGAUUGUAACGCUCUCCCUCCACAUCCUGGAUGACUCACAGACGCGACGUGAACUGAGUUUUGUUGGAUCUUGCCAUUGACCAGCCACUGCAGUCCAGGUUCUUGUGUCAUAAAUGACAAGUCCCUGAGGAUGUCCAAGCGGAGUUUGUUUGUUCGCCUGGUGCCGUGCCGCUGCUUGCGGGGCGAGGAGGAGGCGGUGACAUCGCUGGACUACUCCCACAGCAGCCUGGAGACGGUUCCUAAGGAGAUCUUCAGCUUUGAGAAGACCCUGCAGGAACUCUUCCUCGAUGCCAACCAGAUCGAGGAACUGCCUAAACAACUGUUUAACUGCCAGUUACUGCAGCGACUGAGCAUGCCAGAUAAUGACCUGACGGUGUUACCGGCAGCGAUUGCAAACCUCAUCAACCUCAGGGAGCUUGAUGUCAGCAAAAACAGUAUCCAGGAGUUUCCAGAAAACAUCAAGAACUGCAAAGUCCUGACUGUUGUAGAAGCCAGCGUCAAUCCUAUAUCCAAGCUCCCAGAAGGCUUCACUCAGCUCCUGAGUUUGACGCAGCUCUACCUGAACGAUGCUUUCCUGGAGUUCUUACCAGUCAGCUUUGGCAGGUUGACAAAGCUACAGAUCCUUGAACUUAGAGAGAACCAGUUAAAAAUGCUGCCCAAAAGCAUGCAGAAGCUCACACAGCUGGAGAGGCUGGACCUGGGCAGUAAUGAGUUCGCUGAAGUGCCUGAGGUCCUGGAGCACCUGAAUGGACUCAAAGAACUGUGGAUGGAUGGAAACAAACUGACUUAUCUUCCUGGGAUGUUUGGGAUGCUAAAACAGCUGGUUUACCUGGAUGUGUCAAAGAACAACCUGGAAAUGGUCGAUGAAAAAAUCUCCGGCUGUGAGAAUCUGCAGGACCUCCUGCUGUCAAACAACGCUCUCACACAGCUGCCCGGCUCAAUCGGCUCCUUGAAGAAACUGACAGCGCUGAAAGUGGAUGAAAACCAGCUGAUGUACUUACCAGACUCCAUCGGAGGGCUGACAUUCAUCGAUGAGUUGGACUGCAGUUUCAACGAGAUCGAAGCCUUGCCCUCGUCCAUUGGUCAGUGUGUCAGCAUUCGCACCUUCGCUGCGGAUCACAACUUCCUUACACAGCUUCCACCUGAGAUGGGCAACUGGAAGAACGCGACGGUGCUUUUUCUGCAUUCCAACAAGCUGGAGUAUUUGCCUGAGGAGAUGGGAGACAUGCAGAAACUCAAAGUUAUCAAUCUGAGCAACAACAAAUUAAAAAAUCUUCCCUACAGUUUCACCAAACUCAGUGAGAUGACCGCCAUGUGGCUGUCUGAAAACCAGUCGAAGCCGCUGAUCCCUCUCCAGAAAGAGGAGGAUCCAGAGACUCACAAAACUGUGCUGACCAACUACAUGUUCCCCCAGCAGACCAGUACUGAUGAGUUCCUUCCCAGAUCUGACUCUGAGAGCUUCAAUCCGGCUCUGUGGGAGGAGCAACGCAAGCAGCGAGCUCAGGUGGCCUUCGAGUGCGACGAGGACAAGGAUGAGAGAGAAACUCCCCCGAGGGAGGGAAACUUGAAACGUUACCCAACCCCUUAUCCAGAGGAGCUGAAGAACAUGGUGAAGACAGCCCAGUCGGUGGCUCACAGGCUGAAGGAGGAUGAAACGAGCGACGACACCAGACCAGCCGAGAGAAACCACAUUGGAGUGCAGGAUGUGGGAGUUAAGGUAAUAGAGGCCCCAUGUCCCAAUGGUGUCGAGUCGGACUCUGAGCCUCUGGUAUCCUCCAGCUCAUAUGCACAUAGUCCCUCUGCAACUGAAGCCAAAGAUACUUCAGAGUCUCUCAGCUCCCAGAAAGUUCCUCUCCGAUCCUCACAUGGUUUGAUGAUGAACCACGAGGACACACUAGAGGAUUCUGAGGAGCUGACCGAUGAGGAAGAGAUGAAAGUUGCAGAGAUGAGACCUCCUCUUAUUGAGAUUUCCAUCAAUCAGCCAAAAGUAGUGACUUUAAGUAAGGAUAAAAAAGAUGAUGGGAAAGAUGCUGACUCUUUGCUGGAUGACACGGUGGCUAACAGCAACCAGAACAACAGUAACUGUUCAUCACCAUCACGCAUGUCCGACUCCGUGUCUCUGACCACGGACAGCAGUCAGGACAACUCUCUGUGCACACCUGAGAGAGAGGCAAAGAUGCCAUUCCUUCCAAAAACCCGGCAGGAGGAUGAGAACAUGAACCAUCCUAAAGACACCACCCCUCUCCUCCAUAACGGUAACGGCUCUGAAACGUCUCUUCAGGCCCUGUUAAAAACCCAGCAGACGCCCCCAGACUACGACCUGACCAUGGAAGCCAAGCUGGCCUUCAUUGAGAAGGGGAUCAACAACGGCCUGGGGGACGCCUUCAACAAGUGGGACCGGAUUAACAUGAACGUGACCAAGCUGCCGGCCUACACCUCCGCUCAGCUGGAUGAGCUGGAGAUGGCGAAGAACGGUCUGGCUGUUCAGCAGGACUUGAGCAAUGACAACACGGAUCAUUUACGGAACGGGAAUCGGCAGGGGGGCGACUGCACGGGUGGUCUGGGGGGUCCAGCGGGCGUGAGUGGCAGCAGCGAUGCGUCUCUGUCACGCAGCACAGAGGACCUGUCUCCUGAGAAACACGCUCCUCCUCCUCAGGUGAUGAAGUCACACAGUGUUAGCAGCAUGGAAACAGGAGGGAUGAAGCUGUACUCCUUUGAUGGGGAUGAAGACUCUUAUGAUGCAUCAUCAAAGACUAGGGGGGCCGGUCUAGGACCUCAGGGCCAGAGUAUAGUCCGAAGCAAGUCUGCUGGUCAGUUACUCAAUGACCAGAACCUCCAGGUCUACCCUGGUUCCUCUACGUCUUCCUCAGAUCUGCUGUCCUCAUCCAAGCCCCCCGGCAGCACGAGCCGAUAUCCAGCUCCCUCCAACAUGGGGGUCCCCCCUCCUCAGUAUAAUGUCCAGUACACAAACAGUGCCCUGCCUAAAGAUGGCCUCUGGGCCCAGAGGGGGUCCGUCCCAACGGAGCACCAAGGAUACGCUCCUCGUCAUCCACACUCACUUGCCAACACCAACUACUCAAACCGUAACCAGGCACCUCCAUACCCCCAGCAGAGGGGGGCUCCUAAAGGAGACUGGACCAAGGAGUGGCUUCCUUCCACAGGUGGCCAGCCUCGAAGCAGCACCCUGCAGCGGCAGAGCAGCAACGCCUCCUCAGUCUCCACGAGCGAGCCGAGACGCAUCCAAGUACCCGAGGGGGACUACCUGACCUACAGGGACAUUCACACCCUGGCCAGGGGACCACUGGCCAUGAGCCAGGCCGUGCAGAGGCCCUUCUCUGCUCGCACCUACAGCAUCGACGGCCCCGCAGCUUCCAGGCCAGCCAGGCCACAGCCACACGAGCUUCCAGAACGGACCAUGUCCGUCAGCGACUUCAACUACCAGCACGGCAGCCCCAGCAAGAGGCCUAACACCAGGGUGAAGUCUGAGCACUCGCUUCUGGACGGGCCGGCACAGGGGCCGGGAGGGGCGGGGCCAGGACGGGUGCCGGUAGAUUGGAGAGACCAUGUGAUGCGGCACAUCGAGGCCAAGAAAAUGGAAAAGAAUGCACUCUCUCGCUCCUAUGUUUUCAAUACUUCUCCGCCGAGUCGGUCUCACUACGGCAGCUGUAGGGAAAUGCAUGCCAGCCAAGGGUCCCUGGUUCUGUGUGGCAGGGACGGGCAGCCCUACGGAACCCUGAGCUUCUGUGAUGAUGUUUUUGUUCCCCAAGGACCGCCAGGCUACAACAUGGACCCCCACAGAAAAGUGCCUUUGAUGAAUGGUCAGAUGGGUCCUUCUGUUCGUCCUCAGAUGAGUCAGACCUCCAUGGCUCGUCAUCCUUCCAGAGAGCAGCUCAUCGACUACCUGAUGCUCAAAGUCUCCCAGCAGCCCCAUGGGCCCCCUCGACUUCCUCAUGACAUGCUGCAACAAGAGAUCCGUGUGAAAGUGGAGAAGAACCCAGAACUGGGUUUCAGUAUAUCAGGAGGAGUGGGAGGCCGGGGAAACCCCUUUCGUCCCGAUGAUAAUGGUAUUUUUGUGACGAGGGUUCAGCCUGAGGGACCAGCCUCUAAGAUCCUCCAGCCCGGAGAUAAAAUCAUCCAGGCAAAUGGAUACAGCUUUGUGAACAUUGAUCACGGGAACGCCGUGUCUCUGCUGAAGACAUUUGCAACCACUGUGGAUCUAACGAUCAUACGAGAAGUGCAAGCAUAGACUCUGCUUUUUAUUUUAUUUUUUUUUAUUUUAUUUUUGGGAGGGGGGGUGAAGAAGGUGUCAGUGAGCACAUGAAAGAAGAACAAAGAAAUUGUAUGUUGACUCAUAUUUUUAUACACAGAAGAGCGCGAUCUGCUGACACCUACUGGGACUCAGAGGUCUGCGUCGCCUCGUUUAUGUUAGUGAGACAGCAGCGUGUCCUCAAAAGGCCCUCACUGUGGUAUAUAUCUAUUUUUAUACAAAGAACAUGAACAUGAGAUGAGAAAACUGUGGUCUCUGUAAAGAUUUUUCUUUUUUUUUUAAGUCUUCAACGUAACCACUGAACAAGAGUUUUAUUUCUGUAGUUGGACGUGAAGGCAGCCACUAGGGGGCAGCGCUCCCUCUCUUCUCUUCUGUCCUCCAUUUUUGCCUUUUUUAGUUUUUGGACAUUUUCAGACGUUCAAACUGUUUUCCCAGUAGCCAGGCGAGCUCAUGUGGAGGGACUGUGUUACGUGAUUCUCGUGGGGGAAACGAAUGUAGAUCAAGUCAAGUUGUUUUUUUUUUUUUCCUGCAAUGAGGAAAUCAUCACAUCCUUCUUCCAUCAGCCUGUGAAGAUCCACCAGUUCUCAGUGGCUUCAUUUAUCACAACUUCUCAGAUGACGAAAAGAUGCACUCCGCAUGUGACGAGGCAGGAAAACCGAGCAGGAAUUCAUAAAUGGGAGGAAUAAGUGGGUCAGUUUGGAGCAGUGAAAAAAAGUGUCGCGCUGUGAUUCAGUCAGCUUUUGAGGAUUGACUCUAAAUUAAACAGUCUAAUAAUCACUUUUCCCGAAAUGUUUGAAGAGGAAAAUGAUGUGGGGGUUAUGCUGUUCAACCAAAGUGAGCAUAAAAUUAAAGUGAAGGUAAAAGCAGGGAGAAACUUAAGAGAUUUGAUUUAUUUUAGCUGUGAUUUUUCUCCUUUAGGUCGCCAUCAAUACAGUGAAUUGUUUUAACAUUUUUGUUUUAUUUUUUUUAACAUGGAAGAAGACCACACUUUGCCUUUUUGUAUCUUUGAAGCGUUUUAUUCUCGUCACUCAUCACUUUGGUGCAACUCUCUUCACUUUUCUUUCCCCCCCACUGUACAGAGAACAAAAGCAGGAGGUGCAAAUAGUCAAAAAAGUGCCAUAGACCAUGAACUGUUUGAACUGGAGGGGGGACGUUUGGACCCCAAAACCCAAGCAAUACUCAUCUUCACAACCGUCUGGGUACAACUGCAGCAUUAAUGGCUUCGAAGCAAUACUUACAGCCUUUAUUUUCAUCCACAAAACAUCCUUUCUAAAAACUAAACAACCCUUUUAGUAUUUCUUGACGAUUUUACAUGGUUUUAUAUCCUUUUUGUAAUGAAACGGCACAGGAGUAAAUAUGUAUGCUAUAUGUGGUUAAAGAAAAACAAAGUACUCUGCAUUGUGUAAAAGUUUUAUCACUUUGCCUGAGACGUUUUACUGUCCGUCAUGUGGAGUAUUCAGUCUGUCGCUGUUCAAUCAUUUUAUACUGUGAGCAGAAAACUAAUCCAGUUCAAGAGGCAUUUUGUAGUAAAACUGAUGUUUUUUUUUCCAGUCAUGGCAGUGGGACGUGUUUCCAAAAGAAGUGGAAAUGAUUUAAUUUACAUGUGAAGUCAUGACUCCAGAAACUCCAGCGGUGUAUUUGUGACCACUUAAAUCCUAGAAUAAUCUGAAACUGUGUGUUUUAUACUGCAGCCGUGUUGGCAGUAGAUUGUGUUGCUUUCUUCUCCUGGCACAUCAAACCAAACACAAACAUUGUGGAGAUAAUAGAAAAUUUAAAAAAUAUUAAUAAACUUGUGCUUUCCAAAGGAAGCUGAAUUAUUAGUUAAUUGGUCAGAAAGACAUCUUAUUGUGCAUUUCCUCCUCUUUUUGUCAUGUUUCAUUUUACUCUGAAAUACUUGUUUACUUUAAAUUUCUUGUUUUUCUUGUUUGCUUGAGAUUAGGGAGAUUAAUUUUUUGUGGGAGUUUUGGUCACUUUAUAAUCAUGACAAAAACAUGUCUGACAUUCUAGACAAUCUAGGGGGAUAAAAUCAGUUUUUACUGUUUCUUUAUGUCUAACUGCCCAUUUUGUUUAUAUGUAUUUAGCAUAUUUCAAAAGGAUUUUAGACCUGACUAAUCAACUUGUAAAUAAUCAAAGUAUGAGAAGGGGUAAUGAUGGCAUAUGUGAUUGUAAAACCAGCAAUAAAUUGAACAGCAGAGGCACCCGUUUUAAAUGUAUAGCUAGUAUUUCUAAGGUUUCUUUGGAAGCCGUCACAGUGUGAUGAUGAUGAUUGAUAGGCAUUUAUCCAACAUUCCAGAUUUUGUACAUAACUAUCUGUUUUAAGAAGAUACCUGUGGAAAAUAAACUAACGCUGUUUAACAGUGAA